AUGGAUUCAAAGGCGAAGAAGACUUCGAAGAAUAAGGAGUCGAAGAGUUUGCGAUAUUUUGGCCAAAAAACUACCGAUGAGUUCAACGUUAAGGACGUAAUCGUAUCGACAAAUACGGCGCCAAACGAUGGACUCAAGAGGAAUGUGGUUAAGGAGUGGACGGAUGACCGCAAACGACCCAAUCAUCCGAAGCCACAGUUUGUCAACAAUCGGUUCGUCAGUAAAGAUAAACUCCAGAAAUACGAGCGGAAGAAGAAAAUGAAUCCCGUAUUUAAUGAUCAUUUGGCCACAAAAUACCAUAAGUUUCGCCAAAGACUGACUGAUGAGGAAAAGAAACGUCAAAACAGUAUCGGAUUCGCCGCCAGAUCUGAGCUCUUGUUACCCGAAAUGAGCGGCUUCUUGGAGGCCGACGACAACGAAGAGACGUAUCAAAUCACUCAACAGGAGAUCAUUGAGUCGGUGGACAUCACGAGCGCCACAAAACACUUUGAUCUUAAUUUGGAUCAAUUGGGACCCUAUUGUGUGAAUUACUUCCGCAACGGCCGUAAUCUAUUGCUCGGCGGUCGAAGAGGACACGUGGCGGCCAUCGAUUGGCUCACGAAAGAGUUGAUCUGCGAGUUCAACGUUCAGGAGUCGGUUCACGACAUCCAUUGGCUUCAUAUGCCGACGAUGUUUGCGGUCGCGCAGAAGGAUUGGGUCUAUAUUUACGACUCGAGAGGCACUCAAAUCCAUUGUCUCAAGAAGUUGUACCGCAUCUAUAAACUAGACUUUCUUGCGUAUCACUUCCUGUUGGUCUCGGCCUCAGACAACGGCCACAUCUCAUGGCUGGACGUCUCGAUGGGACAGUUGGUGUCGUCCACGAAGAUGAAAGUGCCGCGCGUGACGGCUAUGAAGCAGAACCCAUACAACGCUAUCGUAGCGACCGGUCAUCCGAACGGAACGGUCGACAUGUGGUCACCGAAUCAGAAGGAAAGAGUGGUAUCGAUGCUCUGUCACGCGUCGUGUGUGCGAGACGUGGCCUUUGACUGCGAGGGCCGGUAUAUGGUUAGCGCCGGUAUCGACCGCACACUCAAAGUGUGGGACAUUCGUAACUACAAAUGCCUCCAACACUAUAGUCUCCGUUCAAUGCCAUCACAUCUGGACGUAAGUCAACGCAAUUUCGUUGCCGUUUCGGUGGGAAAUGUGGUCGAGAUAUACAACGACUGCUUCCGACAGCCGGUGGACAAGCCUUAUAUGAGACACCGACUCAAUGAUGUCAUCUCUGACAUCGAGUUCUGUAAUUUUGAGGACGUGUUGGGAAUCGGACACCAAAAAGGGUUCACUUCAGUGAUCAUUCCGGGCUCAGGAGAGCCUAACUUUGACGCUCUCGAAGCCAAUCCAUACAUGACUGCAUCUCAACGAAGGGAAAUGGAGGUGAAGGCGCUGCUCGAGAAGAUACCAUCGGAACUGAUCUCAUUGGAGCCCAAUAUUUUGGGAACUGUUGACAAACAGUCAGUUUUGCAACAAAUAGAGGGCAAGAAAGGUGUGAAUUAUGUUAAACCAAAAGACAUUGAAUUAGAGUCGAGACCGAAACGGAAGCGACAGAAAACUGCCAAAAAAGCAAAGAUAAAGAAAGGGUUGAAAAAUGCGACCAAAAGGGAUGAAAUCAAACAAAAUGUUAGCCAAAAAGUGCAUAAAAAGAAGGAUAAAACCAAUACAGAUGUGACCAAAAAGCAUGUAUUGGAUAGAUUUAAGCCUAAAUCAGACUAAUAGUUGUCAUGAAUUGUAUUUUAUUUAAUGGUAUUUACAAAUAAAAAUUAUUUUCGUUUGUUUUUUGA